AAAUUACGAAAUAGUCCUAUUAGAAUCUUGUUUUUACAAAAUCUAAACCCAAAACUAUCACUUGAAACACUUUUCGUGCCGGGUCGUUAAACCCUCGUGCUGGAGACGAAGAAGCACCAUUCCUCUUUGGGAUCUCAUUAACACUACUUCACAAGAAAUGAGACGAAGCUUAAGCAAGCUUUCUCACUGCUCUAUUGGCCGACCCAUCACCGCCUCAUCGGGUUCCGCUUUUUCCACUUUCUCCGGCGGCGGCGGAGGUGGUAGAGGCAGGGGACGAGGUUCCGAUUCCCCAAACUUCGGAUUCAGUCCGGGAAAAUCCGCAUCCGAAGACUCCAAACCGGAAUCAUCGACUCCUGCUACUCCAUCUGGAACUGGACAUGGACGAGGCCGAGGUAAACCAUUACCUUCGUCCCCAAUUGUUCCCUCAUUUUACUCCUUCGUUGAUAACCCUAAUACUCCUGCUGGCCGUGGCCGAGGUGGGAUCGGCCCGUUUUCUCCACCACCGCAGCCGCAACAACAGCAGCAGCAGCAGCCACUGAGGAAACCGAUUUUCUUUGCGAAGGAAGAAGAAACAGCUGAUUCAAAUUCUAGUUCUUCAAAUGCUCCAAAACCAAGAGAUGAUUCAAAUCUCCCUUCUAGUGUAAUAUCAGUUUUGACUGGUGCGGGCCGAGGGAAGCCCUUGCAAACGGCUUCUCCUGUCUCUGAGAAGCCUAAGGAAGAGAAUCGCCAUCUCCGGCCUCGGCAGCAGAAAGUUGCAGAUUCAGGGGAGAGAGCGAGCAGUCCACCUCCCCAGAGGUUGAGUAGGGAGGAUGCAGUAAAAAAGGCUGUAGGGAUAUUAUCAAGAAGUGAUGAUGGUGAUGUUGAUGGUGAUGUUGGUGGUGGAAGGGGAAUGGGAGGAGGUUUUAGAGGGAGGGGUGGUCGUGGUGCGGUGAGAGGCAGAGGGGGAAGGGGAAGGGGAAGAGGAAGAGGAAGAGGUCGUCGGGAUGAGGAGAGAGGAGAUGGUAGUUUGGAGAUUGGCUUUUANGUAUUGAUAUGA